AUGGCCAGUACACGAAUAUCAGAACAAUUGCCUCCGCACAUCGACCCGACCCAAGCUCCCAUUGCCUUUGGAAAUCGCGCGUUACCACGGUUGGCUAUGGAGUUACAGGACGCUGAGUUGUUCGUCCGCCAGAGGGCGCUCGCUGCACUCUGUGAUCUCGUCCACGACCCUGAGAGAGCCUAUGAGGCUAUUCAAAAUGGCUGUCUUGAAAAGCUGAAGGUUUUACUGCGUGAUGCGGACAGUUCAGUGAGAAUCAAAACCACUGAAGUGCUUCUCCUGCUCGCGACUCACAACAUCGGCAGAGACGCUUUUCUGAAGUACGACGUGUUAACCCCGCUCUCUGAGCUCUUUGAGGAGCCCGUGGAUGCGUGUCGUAGAAACAUGCACCAAACGCUCAAAACAACGGCAGAGUUUCCUACAGGGGCUGCAGCCAUGGUCUCUCUGGGUUUGGUGCCCAGGCUUGUACUGAAGGUGCCUGUGGAGACUGACGAUAUUAGAGCCCUGAUCCUCUCUACUCUGAGCUACUGCGUGCGGGUCGACGCCAUGCCCGCUCUAGCCAGUGACGGCGUGCCCAUACUGCGCGACCAGCUCUCUCACGCUUGCGUCGACAUCCGACGCGCUGCCGCUUCUGCCUUGAUUGCCGUCAGUGUCCCUGCAGAGGGGAAGGUGAAGGUGUGUGAGAAUAACGUAUUGCCUGUGUUGGUCAAACUCUUGUCAGACAGUGACCCUGAGGUCACAGCCAAUGCUACUGGGACUAUCAUGAAUACAGCUGUCAUCACCAAAGGCAAGUACCAGGCUCUCCAAGCCGGUGCCAUACCACCUCUGUUGGCGUUGGUUAGCAGUGAGGAUAUGGCGGUGUGUGCCAAUGCUCUGAGGGCCCUCACUGCCCUGGCAGAAGUGCCCAGUGCCAGGGCAGAGCUACUGGAGCAUGUGCCCUUGCUGGAGACCAGACUCAACGACCCGGCGCCCAUCAUACAAAGGGCGGCGCAAACUGCCAUCCAGGUCAUCACCUGGAAACCGUAA